AUGCACAUUUGCGUCGAUGCGCCGUGGCCCUAUGGGCGCUUGACUAUUGCCUGUGACGAGGAGAUACUGGGGAUAACGCUUCAACAUCAUCUACCAUCUACAAUUCUCCAGCAAUGCCCGCUUAUACGGCACAGCGCUACACGCUACACGCUGCAUCCGCAUGUACUUGGCGGCAAGGGCGGCUUUGGCUCACAGCUACGCACAGCCGGGUCGCGCAUGAAGCGCAAGAAGCACAACAACGAUGCCGCCAAGGAUGCCUCGGGUCGUCGCAUCGCUACCCUCAAACAAGCAAAACAACUUGCGGAAGCGCUACGCGAUUUGCCAGAACGUGAGGCACUUCAGCGAGAAGCCAAGCGCGCACAGCUUGAGAAGUGUAUUGCGGAUGCAGAGGGCCGGGCUGGUCGGAGGAUCAAAUUCGAUGACGAGGAUUAUCUCGAAGUGAGCGAAAGCUUGCUAGAGGGAAUCGGCUAUGCACUUGAAGAAGCGUACGCGGACGAUGCAGCAAGUGGUGACAGUGAGACUGAGGUUGCCUGUGUCGAGGAAGGCUCAAGUUCGAACAAAGCGACCACAGAACCCAGGUUACUUCGCAAGUUGAAAGGCUGGGAUGAAGGUGAUGAGGAUGACGACGACGAGGAGAUUGUCAAGAUCGAUGCUCGAGCGACAGAUGAGCCACCGCCUGCUAAAGAAGAAGCUACGGAAGAAGAUUCUCAGCAGCGCGCAGAAACCAGCAAGAUUAAAAGCAAAGGAAAAGGCAAAGCCCCGGCCAGAGCACGGCGAAAGUGA